AUGGAUACAAAGUCACUUCCUUUAAAGAAACCUUCUGCAUCUAUAUUCAACACGAAUGGAAAGAGACCGCUUGUAUCGGCGUCAAUGAACAACAGAUCGGCAUCAUCAUCAUCAUCGAGCAAUGGUAGUGGAGGUGGAGUGUACAUGUCUGCGUCGGUAGCAGGCGAGAAGAAGACACCGACCGGUAGGAUUAUAUUCGAUGUCGUCAUCCAUUUAAGAUCGCUCGAGGGGCGACCAGCGACACUCGAAGAGUUGAUGAUAUCAACCGGUCACAAAGAGAUUAUCGACAGUCAAUUGGUACAAGACGAACUCAAACAAAAUGAAAAGGUGGAGUUUCUCGACUCGACAACCGUUCGUUUCAAACCACUCUAUCGUGUAAAGACACCCGAAGAGAUUGUCGAUUUGCUCAAAGAGGAGAAUCCUCGAGGCAUUCCUCUCAACAAACUGACAGAAUCUUAUGCAAAGGUUGGGGACGAUGUCAAGAAGCUCAAGGAAAGCAAAGAAAUAUACACAAUUAAAAAUACAGAGCUCAACACUGAGAUUCUCUUUUACAAUGACGAAAAGUAUCGUAUACCAGUCUCGGAUGAACUCAUUAAAAUGUGGAAAAAUAUACCAAUACCCAACGACGUCGAUCUCGUAAAGACAAUGAAGGAUAUAGGUCUUUCGGUGGUAGAGUCUGUAGAAGCUGCCAAAACUACAAAAUCUUCCAAAGCUGGAAAAUCAGAAAGAAAACAUAGAAUUACAAAGGUUACAAACGUUCACAUUAAAGAUUUUGAUCCAAAUGCACCUGAUGCUGCACCUCCUCCAAAAAAUAAUUAA